GGCCCCACCUGCCGAGCAGGUGAGCGCACGGAGUCCAGAGGCCCUGCCCUCCAGCUCCCAGAGCCUCGUCGAUACUACCUGCGGCGCCUCCCUCCACGCCGAUGGGAGCCUGGCUCUGGCUUCUUCAGCGGAGGUGCGCCUAAACCUCUGCAGAGAGAGAGAGGGGUUCCUGACGGCAGUGACCACCCACAGGCCUGCCCCACCCCAGAUCCCUAGCCUGGGCUCGAGGAGACCAGGAGUAGCCACGAUGGAGGUGAUGAACCUGAUGGAGCAGCCUAUCAAGGUGACUGAGUGGCAGCAGACAUACACCUACGACUCCGGUAUCCACUCGGGCGCCAACACCUGCGUGCCCUCCGUCAGCAGCAAGGGCAUCAUGGAGGAGGAUGAGGCCUGUGGCCGCCAAUACACGCUCAAGAAAACCACCACCUACACCCAGGGGGUGCCCCCCAGCCAAGGUGACCUGGAGUACCAGAUGUCCACAACAGCCAGGGCCAAACGGGUGCGGGAGGCCAUGUGCCCUGGUGUGUCAGGCGAGGACAGCUCGCUCCUGCUGGCCACCCAGGUGGAGGGGCAGGCCACCAACCUGCAGCGACUGGCCGAGCCGUCCCAGCUGCUCAAGUCGGCCAUCGUGCAUCUCAUCAACUACCAGGAUGAUGCCGAGCUGGCCACUCGCGCCUUGCCCGAGCUCACCAAACUGCUCAACGAUGAGGACCCGGUGGUGGUGACCAAGGCGGCCAUGAUUGUGAACCAGCUGUCGAAGAAGGAGGCAUCGCGGCGGGCCCUGAUGGGCUCGCCCCAGCUGGUGGCCGCUGUCGUGCGCACCAUGCAGAAUACCAGCGACUUGGACACGGCCCGCUGCACCACCAGCAUCCUGCACAACCUCUCCCACCACCGGGAGGGGCUGCUCGCCAUCUUCAAGUCGGGCGGCAUCCCUGCUCUGGUCCGCAUGCUCAGUUCCCCUGUGGAGUCGGUCCUGUUCUAUGCCAUCACCACGCUGCACAACCUGCUCCUGUACCAGGAGGGCGCCAAGAUGGCCGUGCGCCUGGCCGACGGGCUGCAAAAGAUGGUGCCCCUGCUCAACAAGAACAACCCCAAGUUCCUGGCCAUCACCACCGAUUGCCUGCAGCUCCUGGCCUACGGCAACCAGGAGAGCAAGCUGAUCAUCCUGGCCAAUGGUGGGCCCCAGGCCCUCGUGCAGAUCAUGCGUAACUACAGUUAUGAGAAGCUGCUCUGGACCACCAGUCGUGUGCUCAAGGUGCUGUCCGUGUGUCCCAGCAAUAAGCCUGCCAUCGUGGAGGCUGGUGGGAUGCAGGCCCUGGGCAAGCACCUGACCAGCAACAGCCCCCGCCUGGUGCAGAACUGCCUGUGGACCCUGCGCAACCUCUCGGACGUGGCCACCAAGCAGGAGGGCCUGGAGAGCGUACUGAAGAUUCUGGUGAACCAGCUGAGCGUGGAUGACGUCAAUGUCCUCACCUGUGCCACGGGCACACUCUCCAACCUGACAUGCAACAACAGCAAGAACAAGACGCUGGUGACACAGAACAGCGGUGUGGAGGCUCUCAUCCAUGCCAUCCUGCGUGCUGGUGACAAGGACGACAUCACGGAGCCUGCCGUCUGCGCCCUGCGCCACCUCACUAGCCGCCACCCUGAGGCCGAGAUGGCCCAGAACUCUGUGCGUCUCAACUAUGGCAUCCCGGCCAUCGUGAAGCUGCUCAACCAGCCCAACCAGUGGCCACUGGUCAAGGCAACCAUUGGCUUGAUAAGGAAUCUGGCCCUGUGCCCAGCCAACCAUGCCCCACUGCAGGAGGCAGCGGUCAUCCCCCGCCUUGUCCAACUGCUGGUCAAGGCCCACCAGGAUGCCCAGCGCCACGUAGCUGCAGGCACACAGCAGCCCUACACGGAUGGUGUGAGGAUGGAGGAGAUUGUGGAGGGCUGCACCGGAGCCCUGCACAUCCUCGCCCGGGACCCCAUGAACCGCAUGGAGAUCUUCCGGCUCAACACCAUUCCUCUGUUUGUGCAGCUCCUGUACUCGUCGGUGGAGAACAUCCAGCGCGUGGCUGCCGGGGUGCUGUGUGAGCUGGCCCAGGACAAGGAGGCGGCCGACGCCAUUGAUGCAGAGGGGGCCUCGGCCCCACUCAUGGAGUUGCUGCACUCCCGCAACGAGGGCACUGCCACCUACGCUGCUGCCGUCCUGUUCCGCAUCUCCGAGGACAAGAACCCAGACUACCGGAAGCGCGUGUCCGUGGAGCUCACCAAUUCCCUCUUCAAGCAUGACCCGGCUGCCUGGGAGGCUGCCCAGAGCAUGAUUCCCAUCAAUGAGCCCUACGGAGAUGACAUGGAUGCCACCUACCGCCCCAUGUACUCCAGCGAUGUGCCCCUUGACCCGCUGGAGAUGCACAUGGACAUGGACGGAGACUACCCCAUUGACACCUACAGCGACGGCCUCAGGCCCCCGUACCCCACUGCAGACCACAUGCUGGCCUAGGCAGCCCGGCCCCAGUGCGGUUCCUCAUCUGAGAGGUUCUCCGUGCAGGCGACGGGGCAAGACAGAAAAGUGCCUGAGCUGGGGAAGCCGGGGCGCGACUUCCUGCUGCACCCUGCGCCUCCAGAGGUCCUCCGUAGGGUCUUUCUUGGGAUAGUGUUCUGCUCCUGCUUUUCUGUCCUGGGCAUGGGUCCAGGGCCUGACACCCCCUCCCCGCCCCUGUGGCCCUGGCCACUAAAGCUUCAGACUCAAGCACCCAUUCUGUUUUCCCCCAGCAAUGCCCCCCAAAACCUCCAGCCUACCUGUCUCCAGCUGCCUGGGCCCGGAAGGGCUUUGGUUCCUUCUCUGGGUCUGAUUUUCUCACUGAACUCCACCAACCAACUGCCCUAAGCCCCCAGGGUCUCCAGGGCCCAGGUUCAAGACCCAAAUCCCCAAAAUCCAAAGCUUCUCUUGAAAAGUUCAGGGACCGUCCAGGGGAGAUGGGGAGGAGAUAUGGAGUGAGUCACCCGCUCCAGAAGACGCCGGCUUCUCUCUCCAGGGUGCUUAGUUGGCUUUGCCCACCCCUCACUCCCCAGGGAGCUCUGGGGACAGCUCCCUCACACCCCUGUCCCACCCACACAGCUGCCCUAGCUGACCCCGAGAAGUGCUCUUGGCUGACCCCUCUGGUGUGUGGUGAGGGGCUUUCUCUUCCCCUUCCUGUUUCAGACCCCCCCAUCUCCCACACAUGGUGUGGGGGACUGGGGGAGGUUCCAGCAGAGUGUUUUAUUAUUAUUGCUUUAUGUUUUUGGUUAUUGGUUUUUUUGUAUAGACCAAAGCAAAGAAAAUAAAAAUAACACAGAUG